UAUGUUGCUAAACUUAUCCUUUAGAACAUUUCCUCUUGCUUUGGAUAUUGGCUCCGGAAGAGGUUACAUAGCUCAACAUUUAACCAAGGAAAUGGUUGAAAAACUUAUUCAAGUUGAUAUUGCGGAGAAUGCUUUAAAAAAUGCUGUACAAUCUGAAGUACCUACAGUCAAUGUUGUAGCUGAUGAGGAAUUCCUUCCUUUCAGAGAAGAUACUUUUGAUCUUGUUGUUAGCAGCUUAAGUUUACAUUGGGUGAAUGACCUUCCUAGAGCUUUUAGAGAGAUUCACCAAGUCCUUAAGCCAGAUGGUGUGUUCAUUGGUGCAAUGUUUGGGGGAGACACUCUGUAUGAGCUUCGCUGCUCUUUGCAGCUAGCAGAAUUGGAGAGGGAAGGGGGGUUUUCUCCUCAUGUAUCGCCAUUCACUGCUGUCUCUGAUUUGGGACAUCUGCUAUCGAGAGCUGGCUUUAACACCCUGACUGUGGAUACUGAUGAAAUUCAAGUCAACUACCCAGGAUUGUUUGAGGUUAUGGAAGACUUGCAAGGUAUGGGGGAGAGUAAUUGCUCUUGGAAUAGAAAACCUCUGCUACACAGGGAGACUAUGUUGGCAGCUGCUGCAAUAUACCGAGAAAUGUAUGGAAAUAGCGAUGGCUCAGUACCUGCCACAUUUCAGAUCUACUACAUGAUUGGCUGGAAAUUCCAUGAAUCACAGGCAAGACCAGCCCAGAGAGGUUCUGCAACAGUUUCGUUUGGAGAUCUGGCAAAAAUAAAUGGGCUUCUUUCAAGAGGAAAAAAAUAGUUCUUCAUCAGAAAUAAUAGUUGUCUUGAACCUUCUAUAAAACUUACCAUUGCAGAUAGUCUUCACUUGUGCUUAUUUUGUGACGACAUUCUGAAAUCAUCAUAAUCUGCACACAGCAGGGUUUUUUUGGUUUUGUUUUUUUUACUGCCUGUGCUAUAACAUCAGCUGUGUAAAACGGGGUUGAUUUUCUGUUUCUAGAAAAAAAUUUGAGCAGUAUUCUAAGUGAAUACGUGCUUUUCCAACUUUUGGUUAAACUACUGUUCUCAAAUAUAAUGCCUCUUCCAGCAUUUCAGUAUCACAGACUGCUCCAGGUAUGAUUUGCAAGUCUUGAGUGUAUAUCAACCUGUGUUAUUUUUUAAUUAUUCCUAAAGGGUGGUAGAUCAUAAUAAAGAAUAGUACUUAGUGGCAAAUGUAUUUAUAAGACAUCCUGUAAGAGAACAUAUCAGCGAAUACACAGAUCUAAAUUAUGGUUUUUGUGGGUUGGAAAUUAUGGGUAAAAAGUUACUGUCAGUUAUUGUUUGAAAUUUGAAUGUUUGACUUGUGUAUAAGGAAGUGGUUAAGUAAGUUCUGUAUUAUUUUUCCUGCCACCCCCAAAGCUAGAAAUGUUUCUGAACAUGAAUAGUAGAGCUCAGCCAUAAAGUUGGAUGCUUCAUUGUAGCUCUAACUGAAUGUACGUAUCAUGUUUUGACUUAAUUUACUGAAAGGAGUAGCAAGCAGAAAAGUCAUGUAGCACUGGGAUGGAUGUGUAUGUUUCAAAUUAGGUAAUUAGCUGAGAAUUGGCAUUCUCUGGAGUUGGUACUCUUUUGGAGUUCCAUGGCUUUUUUACCUGUUCUUUUAUCUCAUAGCAUUUGUAAAAUUAAA